UCUCCUCUCUCAUUCUCUCUCUCUCUCUCUCUCUCUCUCUCUCUCUCUCUCUCAUCCCCCUUCUGUGUAAAAUCUAUACCAUCUAUAUGUAUAUUUGCUCGGUGUGCUGUGCACCACCCAUCAGAGAGAAACUGACUUAUUAUUAGAUUUACCCUUCCCUUCCCUUCCAUCUGCUGCUAUACAGAAGGGCAAGGAGAGAAAAAGAGAGGGAGAAAGGGAGGGUGGGAGAGGUUGAGGAGACACUUGAAAGACACACACACACACACUCUUAUCUUAUUUUCUCUCUUUGUCUGUGGCCCAGUGCUUGUGAUUGUUGUUGUUGUUCUUCUUCUUGCCAGAGAGAGAGAGAGAGAUGGGUAGGGGACGAGUGGAACUGAAGAGGAUCGAGAACAAGAUUAAUCGUCAGGUGACCUUCUCCAAACGGAGAAACGGUUUGCUUAAGAAAGCUUAUGAGCUAUCGGUGCUGUGUGAUGCUGAGGUUGCUCUUAUCGUCUUCUCCAGUCGCGGCAAGCUCUAUGAGUUCGGAAGCUCCGGUAUGAACAAAACCCUAGAGCGAUACCAAAGAUGCUGUUUCAUACCUCAAGAUGCCACUGAUGCUGUUCGCGAAACACAGAGCUGGUACCAGGAAGUCUCUAAGUUGAAGGCAAAAUAUGAAUCUCUUCAGCGCUCACAGAGGCAUUUGCUUGGGGAAGAUCUUGGUCCACUUAGCGUCAAAGAGCUGCAAAAUCUUGAGAAACAGCUUGAAGGAUCUUUGUCACAAGCCAGGCAACGGAAGACACAAAUUAUGAUGGAACAAAUGGAAGAACUCCGCCGAAAGGAACGUCAUCUUGGAGACAUAAACAAGGAGCUCAAAAAUAAGUUGUUUCAGAUUGAAACUGAAGGACCUGCUGCACUUAGAGCCAUUCAGUGCUCAUGGGAGUCAACUCCAGUGGUUGGAACCAGCAGUUUUCCUGCACACCCUUCCCAGUCCAACCCUAUAGAACCCACUUUGCAAAUAGGGUACCACCACUUUGUUCCACCUGAAGGAACAAGUACCAUUCCUAGGAGCUUAGCUGGAGAGAGUAACUUUAUCCAUGGAUGGGUCCUCUGAACUCUGAACCACACACAGCAAAAGACCCAAAUUAUAUGGUUGAUUAUAUUCCAUGUGGGUAAACAUAGAGUUUGCUGAAAUAUUGACAUAUUUAUAUAUUUGCAUGGUUUUUUAUGA